AUGUCGGCAACUUCCGAAACCACGGCCACGCCAACCACCACCACCACCACCUCCGCCGCCGGCACCACCACCAUCAACACAGGCACGAGCAUCAACACCAGUACCAGCACCAACAACACCACCAACCAUCCCGGCAGUCCACUAUCACCAACCACAAUGGGUUCCCCAUCUUCCCUCCGGGGCCUUCCCCCCUCCUCGUCCUCAGGUCAUGUCGACCCCACCCAAGCCGUCGAUGGUCUCGUCCGCGCCAUGCGCGACCUGACAUCAGACAGCAACUACAAGCUGGUCGCCGACGUGUUCGGGCAGUUCAUCAUGCUCAAGGAGAAGAACGAGCGGCUGUCCAUCUCCCACCGUGAAGUCCUCGACGAGUACCACCGCUACCGGUCCGAGCUGGACGACUGGAAGAAGCGGCUCGAGAAGGAAAAGGAAGGGCUCGAGGACGUGAUCCAGUCAAAAGUGCAGGAGGUGCUGCAGCUACACGCUCAGCGCGCGAGUUUGCAAGGGAAUUUGGAAGACAGCGCCAAGAGGGCGGCGGCGGCUGUGGAGAAUGGGGAGCGUGAGCUGAUGAGGUUGAAGGAGGAGAAGGAGAGGGAGUUGCAGGAGUUGAGGAAGGAUAAAGAGCGGGAGCUGGCAGCGUUGAAGGAAGACAAAGAGAAGGAAUUGGUUGCGCUGAAGGAGGAUAAGGAGCAGGAGCUGACCAAGUUGAGGGAGGACCAGGCGUAUGAGCUUUCUAAGCUCAGGGAUGACAUGGGGACCGAGUUGAGUGACAUGAAGUCACUAAGGGGGAUGCAGAUCUCGGAACUCGAAGCUGCCAAGGCCGCUCUUGAGAAGUCCAAGGAGGAGCUGGAGGCAUCAGCUGCUCAAGCUGCACAAGCCGCGGCUGAGGAGAUUGCCGCACUAUCGACCGCCAGGGGCCUUCUGGAGGAGUGGAAAGCGCAAGCCGAAGCCAAGCUUGUAUUGCUACAAGAAUCCAAGACCACUUUAGAAGCCGACAAAACAAAGAACGAGGCCGAGAUCGUCUCUCUCAAGGAGACUGUCGCCACACUAGAGGCCCAGUUCAAGGCAGUCGACGAGGCCCUGACAACGACCAAAGCCGACUUCGAGUCCCUCAAGACCAUCCAAGCUGAGAAGACAUCCGAGAUCGAGAGGCUUAGGGCUUCGCUCAAGGCUGCUGAGGAAGAGAUUGCCUCUCUCAAACAGACGGUGGCCGAGAAGAGUGCAGAGAUCGAGGCCCUGCGUACCAAUCUCAACACCGAGAAGGCUCGAGCAGACACGGCCGAGGCCCGGUCUGAAGAUCUCCAGAGGCGUCUUGACGAGACUGAGGAUAACCUUCAGACUGCCGAGGAGAAGCUGGAUAUUCUGGCGUCGUAUCAGACCAAGCUUCAUGCUGACAGCGAGGACGUUUACGUCGACAUCCUCGACAAAAUCUGGACAUCCAUCGUCACCCUCGUCGAAUCCACCUUCCGCCCUUCCCUCCCCGAGCCCAUCCUCUCCGACCCCUCCUGCUGGGCCAACCUCCGCAACUCGCCCUACCUCAAACACGCCACCCAACUCCAAAUCCCUCUCCCGCAAUCCAAUUCGCCAGCAGCCAAGGGCAUGCGCAUCUCCGCCGUCCUAGCCGUGCUUUCCCGCGCUUUACACCGCCACCUCUUCCGACCCGUCUACCUCCUCGACGACGACGACGAAAACCUCGUCAAGUUCCUGCGCGUGCUAGAAGACGAGAACCCCGCGCGCGAGCUCCAUCUGCGCUCAACCCUGCUAGCCACCAUGCCCGAGCGCCAAAUCGAGCAAGGCGCACGACGAGUCAAGACCGUAGUGCGCGAAGUCUCCUGGCUUGUCCAGCACUUGCUCUCCGCCCUAGCCUUCGAAUCCUUCGUUUCGGGUCUCGAACAAGCCUGCAAGCUCGCCUGCGAGCAAUGGAUGCGCAUCCAGCUUGCCUCUAUGAAAAUCGAGCCGUACUUUGGACCGCCAUACGACGAUUUCGACUGGCAAGUCCUUGAUCUACCGGAAUUCGUCAGCAGCAAUAGCACCCAGCAACAGCGACCAUUCUCAGUGACGUUAACAGACGGUGGCGAUGGCGACGACGGCGCAUCAACUAUCGGUGCUGGCGCCCCGUUAUCUACCCCUGCGCCUGACACCGACGGUACUUCUACCUCAAAAAGUCACAACCUUGCGCAUACCCACUCCCACUCCCACCUGCACAACAACCAUGAUUCCGACCCCAACGCCAACUCCGACACCCCGCAAGAGGAAGAGAUCGACCCCGACGAUAUCUUGCUAGUAGUCUGGCCAUCCAUGUGCUCCGUCGAAGACGGCGACAUCAUGAGCAUUACGCAAGGGCUGGUGAUCUCCAAGCAACAGGCACGGCCCGCGCUGGAAGAAGUGAGGAGGUCCAAGUCGGGGAUUAAUCGGGAUGGAAGUCUCAAUAGUAAUAAUGGAGCGCCAGGGAUGCCGAUUAGACCGGGGAGUACCACCAGGAGAGGCACCACGAGGGGGAUGAGUAUUGCUGCGGAGGAGAGGAGUAGAGGGGAGAGUAGGAGUCCGGUUACUAGUAGGCGGAAGAGCUUUUUUGGGAUGGGCGGCGGUGGGGAUAAGGGGGAGAAAGGGGAGGGAGGAAAGGGGGAGGCUGGUGGGGAGGAGUGA